UGCCUCUCUGUUGAACCGAAAAAAAAACAAAGCGAACUCUGCAAGCAAAUCAGGAACACAGCGACAACCUCCCAAAUCCGAGCCCGCAUCCGUCGGCUGAGCAUCCGGAUCACCUAACCUGGCCUGGGAGUACCCUAGCUUCGCCGAUGGAACAAUCCUAGCUGUCAUGUCCUCCACUCUGCCGGCUAAAAUCGAGAAAGAGGUGGGUUCGGGCGUGUCCGAGCUCUACCAACGCUACAUCUGCGACUACUGCCAAGAGGAUAUCGCCGGACUCCGCAUCAAAUGCGGGGACUGUGCCGACUUCGACCUGUGUCUACCGUGCUUUGCGUGCGGCGCCCAAAUUGGGAAGCACAAAAACACGCACAAGUAUAUAUUCAUGAACAAUGGGGGCUUUAAUUUGUUUGCCCAGCCUGAGGAUGACGUUUCGAAUGGGAGUGGUGGGGCGGGGGGAGGGAAUGGAGGGCGUUCCAAACGGAGUGUAGGUGGAGGUAAUGGUCUUUCGUUCAGUCAUCAUGGGCUCAUGGUUCGGGAGGAGGCCGAUGGUCAUCUUUGGAACGCACGGGAAUGCAUGCGUCUCUUGGAUGCGGUGGAAAUGUACGGCUACGGAAAUUGGAAAGAUAUCGCGGGGCACAUCGAGACCAAAACAGCCGAUCAGUGCAAGGAAGAGCUCAUCAAACACUUUAUUCACGGCAUCGUAGGCAAAUACACUUGGAAAGAGGAGUUACGAGGAUACGCCGUUGAUCAUACUCAAGCCGCAGAUCGUGGUCCACUCUCGCCCACUUUGACGGGCAAGCUCCCGCCUAUAAAUGUGAGUAGCCAGGAAGCCUUACUUUUGGGUUACAUGCCGCAUCGGGAUGACUACGAAGAUUUUGACAAGGACACCGAGAACCUAGUGGCUCAAAUCGCGGACAAAUCUGUCGAGGACGAAGAUGUGGAUGUGGCUCUAAAAUUGGCUCAAUGUGACAUUUAUGAGCGCCGUUUGCGAGAACAAGUACGUCGCAAGCGAGUGGCUCGAGAUUAUCAGUUGGUGUCCAGAUUUUAUCGAGAGAACCCAAUCGUGCAAAUUGGGGGUGGCUCCAAGUUCUCGCCCCUAAAAAUAUCGAACCAAGUGAAGGCCGUCAAGAAAGGGGAAGGGCCGAAACAAGAGGUAUUAGAUGCCUUCAAGAGCCUGACCCAGUUCCUCACGGCACAAGAGCAGGUCUCGUUAGUAAAUAACCUGUGCUUGGAGAAAGAGCUCAAAGUCAGAACUAGCGAGCUGAUCAAGUAUCGCAUUCACGGCCUGCGAAAUGUGUCGGAUCUCAUUCCCUUCGAAAAAGCCCGAUUCAAGCGUGAACUGAAGUUGAAACGAGUUGCCAAGCAAAAGAACCCCACCAUAGCCGGAUAUCCCACCAAAUUUCUCCCAACCCAUGGUGAUUAUUCAUUAAAGGCCAUUUUAAACCCUCUGGCCACCCAAACAACCACACAAGGAGGGCCGACAAACGGAGGCGGUCAAAGUGGAGCCUCAAAGAAACGUCCCAAGAAGACUUUGUGGUCUAGAAAGAAGAUGAAGACCGGGCGAAGGCUCCUCCUUCAACAAGGAUGUAUUCUAACUCUGGCCAGUCCAGCACGUAGGGACAGCUCAGAUGUCAAUUAAAUUCACGCACAAUGUCUCUCUUGUUUCAUUGUUGAUUAUUUCCAUGUCAAGUAUUAUUUCCACGAACUACCGUAUGAAAAUAGAAAACUAGAAUACUUA